GCUUUUCCACAACUUUCAAAACUUUUUCUCCUCCUUCUUCUUCCUUGUGGUUUCACUUGAUUCCCUCUGUCCAUCCCAUAACCAACAAUCAACCCCAAAAGAAAAAAGAUUUCACACUUUAUUCCCUCUUCUUUUUUUUCUUUCUUAACAACUCCUUAAUUUCUUGAUUAUAAAAGGGUAAUUUUGUAUCGUUUCUUGAAAUAGAAAAAACAUGGGUUUUUCUGGUAAGACACAAAUGGAUAAUGGGUUCGAUUUAGAUUCUAAAAAAUGGCUUCUUAUAGCUGGAAUUCCUUUGAUAAUUCCACUAAAGCCGAUAUUUACGAAGUGUGCAGUUACAGUGGUGAAGAAAGAAACUGAAAACGACGACGAUGAUGGGUGUCGUUCGACGACUCCGACGAGUGAAGAAGCUAGAAUUCCUGAAAGACCGUUGUGCCCUCCUGCUCCGAAGAAACGAAAGGCUACGUUGAAGUGUAAUUACAGUAAUAGAGAGUUUUUUACCCCUCCUGAUCACUUGGAAACUGUUUUUAUACGCCAUGUUGAAAGGGCUAAUUAAUUAACUGAAUAUUAAAUGUUUUAAAAUCAAAUUUAGAUUUAGGGUUUGCUUAAUUUCUUCUGUUUUUGAGUUUGUUUUAGUUUUUGUUUGAGUUAGGGCACUUUUUUUAGAAAGAUUUAGAAGGAGCUUAAUUUUAUGUGUACAUUGUUGUAAAACUAUUAAUAAAAGCUGCAAUUGAAGCUUCUGUUUUGUA